GUGAGAAAUUCGUCGAGAUGAGAAGAACAUUAGAAAUGGAGAAACAUAAUAAUGCCCCUCACGUCAGAAGUCUCCGUGAAAUUCAAAUCCAGGAAUCGAAGAAAAUUCAAAAACCUAGAUCGAUCCAUUCAUGGUUUCUAUAACCAUUGCAGUAAAUCCAGAUCUCCAAAAAUCAAACUACUCGUCUUUUUCUAGCGUGAUAUCUCCGUAUGCUGAGCGAUUGAUCUCGAGUGGCCAAGGAGAAGAUUCAAGGCAGUGAUUCUGGGAGAGCUUUAAGACAUUAAGAUGCAGCACGUGCCUUCUACCAUUGAGGAACAACUUCUUCUAAAGUCAAUUAAGGAAGAAUGCCCUUGGGAGAAUCUUCCGAAAAGACUUCAAGUGACUCUAUCUUCUAAAGAAGAGUGGCACAAAAGAGUAAUUGACCAUUGCAUAAAGAAGCGGCUCCAAUGGAACGCUUGCUUUGCUCGAAAAGUUUGCAAAGAAGGUGAAUAUUAUGAAGAGAUGAUGCGUUAUCUGCGAAAGAAUCUAGCGCUGUUUCCAUACCACCUUGCAGAGUACAUUUGUCGAGUGAUGAGGGUAUCACCUUUCAGAUACUACUGUGACAUGAUCUUUGAGGUCAUGAGAAAUGAGCAACCUUAUGACAGUAUCCCAAAUUUUAGUGCUGCAGAUGCGUUGAGACUUACUGGAAUAGGAAGAAAUGAAUUUAUUGAUAUCAUGAACAAGUGCAGAUCUAAGAAAAUUAUGUGGAAGUUGAACAAGUCAAUUGCGAAAGAACUAUUGCCAACACAACCUGUAGACUUCCCAAUUGAACCAUGGUGGGGAGUUUGCGUCGUUAACUUCACAGUUGAAGAAUUUAAGAAACUCACCGAAGAAGAGAUGUCAACGAUAGACAAAGUCUGUAAGGAGGAAGCAAAUUCAUUUGUUCUUUUUGAUCCUGACAUUGUACAGGGUCUAUACCGACGGGGAUUGAUCUACUUUGAUGUUCCUGUAUAUCCUGAUGACCGUUUUAAAGUUUCCAGGCUCGAAGGGUUUGUUUCUAACAGGGAGCAGUCCUAUGAAGAUCCCAUUGAAGAGUUACUCUAUGCUGUGUUUGUUGUUUCAAGUGAGAAUGCAACUGUAGCUGAAUUGGCUACAACACUACAGGCUGACCUUUCUCAGCUGCAGGCUGCUGCAUCUUUUGCAUGUCGACUGGGCUGGGCAAUUAAAUUAAUUGAUCCUGCAUCUAUUCUUCAAGAUUCAAGCAUUACUGAGUCUUCUAAUAUUAUUCUGAGUGAUGAAGAAGAUGGUUCUCGCGGCAGUAUCAGCUCUGAAAAAAUGUCCAUUGAUGGCAUUUCUGUUCAACAAGAUGUUUCAGGGGUGGAAAACUAUGGGCCUGUUUCUGGCCAUGCUCGUGUUGCUUUUGUUGUCGAUGCCAAUAUAACAUCGUAUCUCAUGAUGGGUUCUGUUUCACCAGGUUUGAAAUCUCAUGCUGUAACACUGUACGAAGCAGGGAAACUGGGUGAUGCUAGCAUUGCAGAACUUUGCAAGGAUCUGACUACAUUAGAGGGAACAAAAUUUGAAGGUGAAUUACAGGAAUUUGCGAAUCAUGCAUUUAGCCUUCGAUGUGUUCUUGAAUGUCUUCAGUCAGGUGGAGUGAGUACUGAUCCAGUGGUUGAGGAAGUUAGUGCUAAACUGGGAAUAGAAUACUCAAGCAAUGAUGAGGCUAUUUCUCUUAUAGCUGAUAUUGAUAUAACUGAGGAAUCUAACAAUUCUGAUGGAAAUGAAACUAGGGCAGAUGGUGAUGAUAACCUUCAGGGUUUGAUACAUUCUACUUUGCGUGAGGCUGAUGCCACAGUUGAAUCUGUUAGUGAAAGUACAGGUGAUGAGUCAGUUUCAGUGAUUUUAUCUGAAAAUAAAAGUGGCCUGGAUGAAGAUGGUGAAACAAAACCUAUCUUCCAAACUGAUGGGAUAUCUGUGCUGUCUGACUCUCUGGAAUCUGGAAAAGAAAUUCUAAAGAGGAAAAGGAAAUAUCGCGUAGAUAUUCUUCGCUGUGAAAGCCUUGCUUCUCUUGCACCUGCAACAUUAGAUCGGUUAUUUCUUCGUGACUAUGACAUAGUUGUAUCUAUGGUUCCUCUUCCUUCUUCGUCAGUUUUACCUGGGCCUACAGGUCCAAUGCAUUUUGGUCCACCCUCCUAUUCAUCUAUGACACCUUGGAUGAAAUUGGCACUUUAUUCAGCUGUGGGUGGUGGACCUCUAUCUGUUAUACUGAUGAAAGGGCAAUGCUUACGAUUGCUUCCUGCGCCAUUGUCUGGUUGUGAGAAGGCCCUGAUAUGGUCUUGGGAUGGCUCGACAAUUGGAGGUUUAGGAGGAAAGUUUGAAGGGAACUUGGUCAAGGGAAAUAUACUUCUGCAUUGUUUGAACUCACUUCUAAAAUACUCAGCUGUGCUGGUCCAACCCCUGAGCAAGUAUGAUCUGGAUGAAAAUGGAAGGAUCAUUACUUUGGAUAUUCCAUUGCCCCUGAAAAAUGCUGAUGGUUCAGUUGCUCAUAUAGGGAAGGAGAUGGGACUAUCAUCUGAAGAAAGUCUAAAGUUAAAUACACUGGUAACUGAUUUGUCAAAUAAGAUGGAGUUAUGGAUGCUAGGUUACAUUCGUCUCUUGAAACUCUAUAAAGAGAGAGAAUCAGACCAAUUUUCAUCAAAUGAUGAAAAGUAUGAAUGGGUUCCGUUAAGUGUGGAAUUUGGGAUUCCACUUUUCAGUCCAAAAUUAUGCAGUAACAUCUGUAAAAGAGUGGUCUCGUCACAAUUGCUUCAAACGGAUUCACUUGCUGAGCAUCAUAAUGCAAUGCAAAGUUUACGAAGAAGGUUGCGUGAUAUUUGUAUGGAGUAUCAAGCUACCGGUCCUACAGCAAAACUUCUAUACCAGAGACAACAAUCAAGAGAAUCAUCUCGGAAACUAGUUACCUAUGCAAGUGGAAGGUGGAAUCCACUCGUCGAUCCUUCUUCUCCUAUUUCUGGAGCCUCAAGUGAACAUCAAAGACUAAAACUUGCUAGUCGGCAGCGUUGCAGGACUGAAGUUCUGAGUUUUGAUGGUAGCAUCCUCAGGUCAUAUGCUCUUACUCCUGUAUAUGAGGCUGCUACAAGGCCUAUUGAAGAUUCACUUCCAUUGAGUACAGUAAAAGUAGAGCCAGAUGAUGUGGACAGCAGACAAGUAGUGCUGCCAGGAGUUAAUCUCCUUUUUGACGGAUCUGAAUUGCUCCCAUUUGACAUAGGUGCUUGCCUGCAGGCUCGUCAACCAGUCUCCUUAAUAGCAGAAGCUUCAGCAGCCUCUGCAUCUGUGCAGAUGAAUAGGGUCUCAUGAUACAACCUCAUAUAUGAGUAGCAGUAAUAUGGUUACAUAAGUGGAGAGUUCGUUCCCAUGCUGAAACUUUGCAGCCAUCAUCUGGCUGGGUCUAAUUUCCUUCAUCUGCUUGGUUGGAUAUUCUGCUGCAUCCUUGAGGAUCGGUCAUGGUAGGCAAGCCACAUUUAAUGGUUGAGGCAGCGUUGUGGGUUCUGUUUUUUGUCAAGUUGCAAGUAAUCCAAGUUCAAUAUGCAGUCAAUCUCCCCUCCCCCCUCCAUUCAAUUUAAAAGAAAAAACAAAUGAAAAAUAAAUAGUUAUAUAGCUGGGAAAUAUCCAAUUGAGUUGUAACAGUUAUUUGCUACUAAUCUGGAAACUUGAUGUGAAUAUCUGCAAGCGGAAUUGCUAUUUUGUUAGUACCUCCUUUUGGUGAAAGAUCACAUCUGAUCUUUCAAGGAAGGAACAAUCAAGUCAACUUAGAAAGUCUUAACCUCUCUCUCUCUAAAUUUAUUCGUAAAGAAGAAGAGUGGAGCCUCACUAUUAGCUGUAGGUUCCCAUUUUGAGGACUAUUUAUGUCUCAAGAAACAGGAUUAUUUUCUCUGAUUUGAUUUGAUUUGAUUUGAUUUCGAGGAAAUCUUCUUUUUCUGAUUAAUUGGUUUAGUUUGAUGUACUACUGUCUAGGUCAGGUUUGGCCUUAGCUGGUUGUUUCCAGAACAAUGGCUAAGUACAAGGACAUAUGAUUGUAUCUGUAUGUUGCUUCAAGGGAAAAACUUAAUGUGACACUUGUAUUAUUGUGCAGCCUUCUUCUUUUUAGUAUGAUCUGAAAACAAGAAGUGACUGAUAAAUGUCGAUGUGAUUCUGUUUAAUGCCAUUUUUUGUAGUUAUUUUGGAUAAA